GUUAAGAAAAAAAUCCUAUUUCUAAAGCGUUUAUGUGAUUCGUCAAUUUCAGCGUGGUGGUGUUUCGUCUUGUCUUAUUUUGUUUAGCCGGUAACAGUGAAAAAUGAAGAUCGAGGAGGUAAAAAGCACGACAAAAACCCAAAGGAUAGCCUCUCACAGUCACGUUAAAGGUUUAGGACUCGAUGAGAGUGGAUAUGCCAUUCAAUCCGCAGCCGGUUUGGUCGGACAAGAACUUGCUCGAGAGGCUGCUGGUGUGGUGGUUGAAUUGAUCAGAUCUAAGAAGAUGUCGGGCCGAGCGAUGCUUCUAGCUGGACCACCAGGAACAGGGAAAACUGCCCUAGCCUUGGCUAUUGCCCAGGAGCUAGGAAGCAAGGUGCCCUUUUGUCCAAUGGUAGGAAGCGAGGUCUAUUCCUCGGAAAUCAAAAAGACAGAAGUUUUAAUGGAAAAUUUUCGACGAGCUAUUGGACUGAGGAUCAAAGAGACCAAAGAAGUGUAUGAGGGAGAGGUCACAGAACUGACCCCUGUAGAAACAGAAAAUCCCAUGGGAGGCUAUGGGAAAACAGUCAGCCAUGUUGUGAUUGGUUUAAAAACAGCCAAGGGAACAAAACAAUUGAAGCUUGAUCCAUCAAUCUACGAGAGUCUACAGAAAGAGAAAGUUGAAUCAGGAGACGUGAUUUACAUUGAAGCCAACAGUGGAGCUGUAAAGAGACAAGGAAGAUCUGACAGCUAUGCUACAGAGUUUGAUCUGGAGGCAGAGGAGUAUGUCCCCCUCCCCAAAGGGGAUGUCCACAAGAAAAAGGAGGUCAUACAGGAUGUCACACUGCACGACUUGGACAUUGCUAAUGCCAGACCACAGGGAGGUCAAGACAUAAUGUCAAUGAUGGGUCAACUAAUGAAGCCAAAGAAAACUGAAAUCACAGACAAACUGCGUAAAGAAAUCAACAAGGUUGUAAACAAAUACAUUGACCAGGGCAUCGCUGAACUGGUGCCGGGUGUUCUGUUCAUUGAUGAGGUUCAUAUGUUGGACAUUGAGUGUUUCACCUAUCUCCAUAGAGCGCUUGAAUCCACCAUAGCUCCCAUUGUGAUAUUUGCCACCAACAGAGGGAAAUGCACCAUCAAAGGUACAGAAGACAUCGUGGCUCCCCACGGCAUUCCUCUGGACUUAUUAGACAGAGUGAUGAUCAUCCGAACGUUACCGUACUCCCAGGAAGAAAUGGUUCAGAUCUUAAAAAUCCGAGCUCAGACAGAAAGUAUACAGAUUGAUGACGAAUCCUUGGCAAGUCUGGGACAAAUUGGUGUGCAGACUACUUUAAGGUACUCUGUUCAAUUGCUGACACCAGGAAACCUGCUCGCCAAGAUAAACGGAAAAGAUUCCAUAACUUCGGAGGAAAUUGAAGAAAUCAACAAACUGUUUUAUGACGCCAAGUCCUCAGCCAAAAUUCUGGCGGAACAAGAGGACAAGUACAUGAAGUGAGAAAUGUGUCAGUGACCGGAAAGUGGACCAAAGUGAAGGCUAAAGAGUGUUGUGAUAGGAACUCGACGAUGAACAGCGCGAUGAUAUUAGAACAUUGACAAAUUUUGUCUCGUUGAAGAAAUCUCGUUUUAAUAAUUCCUGAGUCAUUUGUUACAUAUGCUCAUUAUCAAAAGACUUUUUUUCAUGACUUGUACAUGUGUGUACUUCCACAUAAAUAUAUUGAAGACA